AUGUCCCUCGCUCGCUCAUUCCUCUCAGAGCUGCUCUCCAACUCUUUGCUCCAGCAGGUCGCUCCUCUGCUCGCCGUCGUACUCAUUCCCAUCUUUGUCCUAUCCUUGGUUAAACACUUUGAUCCGUUGGCUUCAUCCGUGCUCUUCAUGCUCAGCUCACUAAGUGCGGCACUACCCUGGAACUGGGGGAACAGUCACUCGCCCCCGCGGUCCCAGCCAGAGAGGCUCAAGAAGAAGAAACCUCUUCGGACGCGUGCCGAUCAGUUGCUCGCAAACGGAGACGCAAAGCCAGGACUUGUCAAUGUUUCUGGCACAUACUGCUUCAUGAAUUCGACCAUGCAGCCGCGUAUAAACGCUAUUCAUGAUAAAGCUGAAGCUCUUGACGUCCCAACGCCCGUAAUCGACGCCUUGCAAGAAUUGCUACACAGAAAGAAAAGCCCACUAUUCUCAUCUCGCGAGCAUCAGGAUGCGCAAGAAUUAUUUCAGCUUGUAUCCGAAUGCAUCAAGAAGGAAACAUCCGCAGUGGACAAUGAAGGCCUACGUGACCGAGGUCUCGGCGGCUUGUCCCAAAAUCUACCAGUCACCGCUCGCGAGUUGGGCAAAAACGUAUUCGACGGCUUGACUGCCAACAGACGCAGCUGUGUAGAAUGCGGGUACACAGAGGCCGUGAUGCACUUUGCUUUUGAUAGCUGGCAACUGAAUUUACCUCGUAUGGCCACAACCUGCAACAUCGAGGACUGCCUUGCAGAUUACACGCGACUAGAACUUUUGAUGGACUGUAUCUGCAGGAAGUGCUCGAUGCUUGCGACACUUUAUCGACUGCGGCAGGAUGCCGAGAGGUUGACUGAAGCAGCUAAGGCAGACGAGAAUGCAUCUAGCUCGAAGAAGAAAAGGGCCCGAGAGGCCAGAAAGCUGGAGGCUAACGUGAAAGCUGCUUUGGAAGAAGAGCGGAUUGAAGACGAUAUCAAAGGUGUAAAGAUGGAGAGAGUGUACAGCAAAGCAUCGACGAAGCAGGCGAUGAUUGCCCGGCCACCUCCUGUUCUUGCUCUUCAUCUCAACCGUUCAAUGCACUAUGGAAACUACGCGACAAAAAACACUUGCCGUGUUGAUUUCCCCGAGUUACUAGACCUAACCCCAUAUACGACCUCCGGGAAACUUUCUACAUCCCCAUCUGUCCCCAUAUCCUCCCCACCUCCACCAAUUCCUCGGUCCUCGACACCCAUACCAUCCAUGUUCUCAACUCAGCGAGUCAUCUAUCGCCUCUCCGCUCUUGUCUGCCACUACGGUCAACACUCCUUCGGACACUAUGUCUGUUACCGACGCAAACCCCGACCGCUUUCCGCUGGCGCCUCUCGCUUCAAUCCUCCCAAGAUGCCCCAUUAUCUUCAGUGUGACUGCGAAACAUGUACGAAGUACGGGCCCGUGCGCGAAAGUGACGAAGACGACGAGCAAAUUCUUGCAUCUGCACGACCCGGGCGAGGCUGGCUGAGGAUCAGUGACGAUUCGGUAUCCGAAUGUGGUAUUGAGUCCGUUCUGCAGGAGGGGUCGGCCACGUUUAUGCUUUAUUAUGAGCGGGUCGUCCAGCCGCGUCCACAUAUUUAUCCAUUAGGCUCCCCCAAAGGGUCAGAAGACACCGUAAAGCCGAAGGCUAAUGGGUCGACGACUUCCAUGGUGACUCUGGCCUCGGGCGAUACUGCGAUGCCUUGUGAGGCUCCGAAUACCGCGACUACAGAGAGGACGUUCGGAGCGAGGGUAAUAAGGAGUGUCGAAGCUGGGCGGAGUCGGUCUUCUGGGGUGUCAACUAGGGAGUCCUCCAGCUCGCCUGGAACUUCAUCUGACUCUAUCCCGCGCGCUCGGACGCGAGAUUCAUCAUUACAAGUUGAUGGUGUUGAAGGCAAAGUCCCGUUAACAAAGACACCUGAGAUCGAGAUCAUCCCUGCACUGCAGCCUGAUGCAUCUCUGAGCCCUGACCUCGCUUCCCCACCUUCCCUAUCAGAGCCACCAAUCCACCUACCAUCACCUUCUCCCGCGCGACGUCCACCUCCUCAACAUCGCAUCCAGUCUCCACAAUCUAUCCGCACUAGGCAGAUAUCUCCUGCCAGGACCGUUGGUCUUCGGGCAUAGUAUACAUUAUUGCUUUCAUGCUAUUCGACCCAUCCUACGUGGAUUGUAUUUGAUAGAUCGUGUACAUCGCAAUCACAGCUUUGCCUCGCAUCUCUCC